GCCAGCGUCGUUUCCCUGCAUGUAAGCGAGCCUGGGAACCCAUGUGCAUCCACAAUGGCUGACGCCAGCGAGCAGCGUUUUAGGCAGUUAAUCGGUGGAAGGAGAAAUCCAAACACAGAUCCGAUUCUUCGUGCGGAAAAAAGGGGUGUAGAGAGUGGGCCAGCCGGCAAAGGAUCGGGAAAGAGGGUUGAGGUGGAACCCUCCGGAGAAGCGCAGAGAUUGGUUGAAGGUUGGCUGCGGUUGGGAGGAUCAAGAAAUGCCGGCGCGCAGGGGAGAGAGGAGGAGGAGGGGGAAGAGGACGAAGCAGUCCCCUGGAAUCCGGAGGCACGGCCGGCCAGACUCGGGCUGGGCGCGAAGUUCCUUCCUCAUUCACACGUUGCCGCAUCGAUGCUCUCUGUUGAGCGUCGGCUGAGGGAUAAGCUGAAUGUAGGAAGAGGAGUUGGUGAUUCCUUUGCCUCUGGAAGCGCCGACGCACGCCCGCAGUUUGGCGGAGGUGGCAGUAGAUCAUCAAUAUGGAGUAAGCCGCACAGCGGCGGCAGCAGGAGUGUGGCAGGAAGACCGAUGGCAAGGGGGCGGGAAGGGAAAGGGGAGCAACCAACCUCAAGGAGGAGGACAGAUGAACGCAAAGGAGGCGGCGAGGAGGACGAGGACGAGGACGAGGAGGAGGAGGAGGAGGAGGAGGACAUGGAAGGCAGCAGGGCCUCGGUGUUUGCAAAGAAGGCGAAGUUUCAGGCUAUUAUGGAUGUCAGCAUGGACGUGGCUGUGGGGGCCAAGAAGGGGAACAAGAAGAAAAAGAAGAAGCAAUGCUAGGAAUGGUGGGGGGGGGAGAGGGGAGGAGAGUUUCCGGUACGAGUUGCUUGAUCCGCACUGUAGGUGGGG